AAGCAGCGUCAACGUUUCCUACGAAUCUUUCUUGCAAGACGACGUCGAUCGUUCAUCAUCAGUCCUGCUUAGAACAUAUUGCUCUCUUGAAGAUCGCGGAUGACAUGCUGGUGGUGCGCAUGCAACGGUGCUUAGCUAGAUGCAUGGUCACAUCAGUAUGGGAAUUAUCCGCCUUCUGUUUGUCUUGUUAUCUUGUUUUAAUUAAGUUAAACUCAAAUUUGAUUUGAAUGCUGGCUGUUGUUUUGUCUUGUUUUCCUGCUUCCUGGUUGAUCUUGAUGCACACAAAGCCGGACAAACGUUGUUGCCCAUGCCAUUGUCUCAACUAGAAUCACUAGAAACUAUGUCUAGACCGGGUGCAGGAAAUAGUGUCUAAGCAGGAAAAUUUUGAUACGGAACUCCUGCGCAGAAUAUCUGCUCACCCACUAGACCAGUUACCCAGUUUUUCUGCUCCUCAUCAUGCUCACCUCCCUGCGUUGCGUUUUCAUACUUGCUCUCCAUCUAGAGCUACUACUUCACCACUCAUCUCAUGCAGCAACGGCUGCUCCGUUUACAUGCGAGCCGCCGACUCCUCAGGCCAACGCUCCAAGCCUUCCCGACAUUUCCAACCAGUUUGAAGCAACGGUUACUGCCAAUAUUGAAAACAAAGGCUACAAGGUAAGAGUAAAAGAGUACUACGAUGACGUCAACAACAGAGGAAGGCUCGACACGCUGGCAAAUGGAAUCAUUCCGGCACUAACGCGCAUCUACACGUUCACCGACAAACAGUGGUACAAGAUCAACGGGUCAGACUGUACGGUGCACGACCUCACACCCGACUCUCCAUUUUUGGCAUUUCCGUUUCGUUUCGACAAUCAGAGCAAUGCGCACGUGCUCGGCAUCGCUGACGUUCUCAACUUUGGAAGACAAUAUGGCGACGUCUAUGCGGGAAAAGAGACCAUAGAAGGAAAAAAAGUCGAUCAUUGGAAAACAUGUCUGAGAGACGACGAUGGAAACUUGAUGAUGAGCAUGGACUGGUACUUCGCUGUCAGUGAAAAUGGAAGUUCAAGGCAUGGCACACCAGUGCGACUCGUUAUUGAGGGAAUCUCUGAUGGCCCUGAUGACAACAGUAACGAUCUUGCUAAUGGUGACGACGAGGAUGAUAGGGAUGACGGAAACAGUGAUGAUGUUGAUCCAACAGGAUCAAGUAGUCACCAUUUUCGACACACUUAUGAUUUCACUUCGUUCACUGCCGGACCACCAGACGCCUCUUUAUUUCGAGUCCCUCGUAACAUUCAUUGUCAUCCCUAUGGAAGUCAUAAACAACUACCAAAACUCCCUGAUAAAUAUUCAGUCGGUGUGCAGACUAUCUACCAGGAAAUCGGAUUAGUUCAACACGGUUUGGAAUAUGUCAGUUAUACCAACAAAAAGAUUGUUGAUCACACUGGAGUGUUUUCCGUUGUCAACGACUACAGAUUGGGUGUGAGCUUUUCGGUCGAUCAAAUCAACUGCACGGUAUUCAAACUCACUGCAGCAAAUGCGAAUCACAUCCUACCAUUCUUGACCCAACCGGCACCUAUAACCGACAAAAAUCAGCAUCUAGAGAUGAAAUCUAGUCACGACCUAUUCGGUCUAAUCGACCCAAACUCGGUACACUACACCGGCACUCGUGUUGUCAACAACAUUUUGUGUGAUGUCUUCCAAGGUAACACGUCAAUCGAUGGCAAUACAACUAUCAUCAUCGAGAUAUCGUUUGCAAAGAGAUCAGUAAGUUACAUGUCUCAAAACUUGCUAGAAGAGCAUCAAGUCCCUAUAAAAUAUGAGGUGUACACGAGAGGUCAAGGCGAUGAAACGCCAAACCUUCACGUCAUCUAUAACCUCUACGACUUCGAUGUUCAGCCGCGGUUUGAGCCAACAGUGGACACGUCGUCUUGUUACAAAGACAAACAGACUGUCCUUUUCUUGAUAAAUGGAAGGUACGACGAAUUCGAGGAAUUCAGCAAGCAAUUGUUUGUACAGAAUGCUCGGACUAGUAUCGCAGCUGCUGCUCGAAUCGAUAAAUCUCGAGUCACCGAUGUGAAACCUGUUACGCAUGAUAAGGGAGUUAUGGUGCAGGUCACUCUGCUCGACAAGCUACCCAUUGAUACGUACGUCGAGACAGGAGUAGAACUACAGGAUGCUGUAAGGAACCUUAAACAAGCUGCAGACAAUGGACAAGUUGUUGUCAACGUUAUGCCCGAUAGACAGUAUAUGAGCCAGAGAUCAUUAGACAACAAUGGCUGCAGCAUAGACUUGGUGCAUAUAUGUAGCUGUGCCUCUCCAUACGAUAAAACAAAAAUAAUUGGGAUGACAGCUGGGAUAACAGUUGCAACACUAAUCGUUGCUGUUCUUCUGGGUAUCGGCAUUUUCUUUAUCGUCAAAAAACGAUGUGGUAAAUCUCAAAUGUCAUAUGAGACACAAAUGGACGAAAAACCGGUCGUUUGAGACAUUUGGUAACACAAUAGAUAGACACUAGAGAAACAAUACAAUCAAAGUUGUGAUUUUAAGUGACUGUGUAUUGCUUUACACGAUGAAACCAACUGUGUACAUGCGACUUAACUAUAACUUAGUUGAUGACAAA